AACUUUAGUGUGUGUUUACAAAAUAGGAAUUGUAAUUUGUUAGAAUUAAAACAUUUGUUUGGUUAAACACUGAGAAAGGAUUAAUAAAAAGAUUGUAAACAAUUGACAUAAUAAUUAACUGAGAAACCAGCAAUGGAUAAACAUAACAGCUCAGAAUUAUUGAAUUCAGACUUCUCCUUGUCCAAAAAUGCAAGUUCUGAUUCAUUAGAUUCUGACUCCAAAUCUAGUUCAUUGAAUUCUAAACAUGGACAAGAAUCCUCUCACGUGUUGGGUGAUAUCCAGCUUCUAGACGGUGAAAAAGUUAUGGGAGUUGCUCGGGAUGUUACAUAUCUUUGUCCCUAUAGUGGACCAUCUAGAGGGGUUCUUAAAGUAACCAAUUACCAGUUGCAUUUUCGACCAACUGACAUUACACCUCUGCAAAGUACACUGAGUGUUUCCUUGGGUGUGGUCUCCAGAAUUGAAAAAGUUGGUGGAGCUUCAUCUAAGGGGGAAAACUCUUAUGGAAUUGAAGUAUUUUGCAAGGAUAUGAGAAACUUACGCUUUGCUCAUAAACAGGAAAAUCAUUCGAGACGUGGCAUUUUUGAGAAAUUACAACAACUGGCAUUUCCACUAUCACAUAGAUUGCCAUUAUUUGCAUUUAGUUAUUUAGAAAGUUUUGCAGAAGAUGGCUGGCAAGUUUAUGAACCUGUUGUAGAAUUGAGGAGAAUGGGGGUCAACAAUGAUAUGUGGCGCAUAACUCGUAUAAAUGAUAAGUACGAGAUAUGUGACAGCUAUCCAUCGGUAUGGGCGGUACCGGCUGCCGCUAACGAUGACCUCCUCCGUUCUGUUGCGGCUUUUCGAUCACGUGGCAGAAUCCCAGUAUUAGCCUGGAUACAUCCGAGUUCCCAAGCAACUAUUACAAGGUGUAGUCAACCUUUGGUCGGGGUUAGUGGUAAACGCAGCCGUGAAGAUGAAAGAUAUAUCCAGCUUAUAAUGGAUGCUAAUGCUCAAGCUCAUAAACUGUUCAUCAUGGAUGCUCGGCCCAGUGCAAAUGCUAUUGCUAAUAAGGCUAAGGGAGGCGGAUAUGAAUCAGAGGACGCGUAUCAAAAUGCAGAAUUGGUGUUUCUAGAUAUACACAAUAUACACGUGAUGAGAGAGAGUUUGCGAAAGUUGAAGGAAUUGUGCUUCCCACAAAUUGAUCAGACGAGAUGGUUCAGUGGUAUUGAAGCAACUUGUUGGUUGAAGCAUAUAAAAUGCAUUCUGGCAGGCGCCGUUCGGAUUGUUGACAAGGUGGAGAACCACAAAACAUCAGUGCUGGUCCAUUGUUCCGAUGGCUGGGACAGGACCGCCCAGUUGACAGCCCUCGCCAUGCUCAUGCUUGACCCGUUCUACCGCACACUUAGAGGCUUCCAAGUCCUGAUUGAAAAGGAGUGGUUGUCCUUCGGCCACAAAUUCCAACUGCGUAUAGGCCACGGAGAUGAACGACAUUCGGACGCAGACCGUUCACCGGUCUUCGUUCAAUGGGUGGACUGUGUUUGGCAACUGCAACAACAAUUCCCAACUGCGUUUGAAUUCACUGAACGACUCCUUAUCACAAUCGUCGAUCAUCUGUACUCGUGUCGUUUUGGUACAUUCCUCUUCAACACCGAGCGGGAGAGAGUUAAAGAAGAACUUAAGGCUAAAACCGUAUCCCUAUGGUCCUACAUAAACAGCCGUCAGGACCUCUACCUGAAUCCCUUAUAUUGGGGUCCUAGCGCCUUCGGUCCUAACACGCCACCUUCGCCCUAUUCAAGACCUCAAACAGUUCUGGUACCAGUUGCAUCUUUGAGGAUCAUCAAGCUGUGGAAAGCUUUAUACUGCAGAUGGAAUCCUACUAUGAGGCAACAGGACCCAAUAUUCCAACGUACGCGCGAGUUAGUAGCGUUACGAGCGCAGUUAGAAGCGGCUGCAGCGGCGGCGGCGGGAGAUCACGCGGCGCGGCAACAUCGCUUAGCUCUCACUCCACCACGCGUUGCAAGUCCGCAUCAUGUCUGACGAGAACUAUUAUUUUAAACAUCACUUGAACAAAAAUAACAUAGACUUUUAUUCGGCUACUACUAUUUUUAACUGCCAUUGUUUAAGUUUUAUUUUACACAUGUUUGCCAAAGUAAAGAUAUGUUAAAUAAGUCGACUGUUAAUACUAAACCAAAAUGUAUAACGAAAAGACGUUACGUUACGUACGUACGUGAUUGGUCAAACCUAUAUGACGUAUAUAUCGUAUAUAUUGGCAAACGAACGAGUCUUAUAUUUAUGUCUAGUAUUUCGGAAAUUAAUAGAUAUCAAGUCCCCUAAUAAAGGUCCACUAGCUGAUAUUUAAAAAUAUCAUUAGGCAUUUAUUUAU